AUGGCGGAGGGGGACGAGGUGGCGCGGAGGCAGCAGCCGCCCCUGGGGCUGCGGCGCCGGCGGCGGACCAGCGACCCCGGCACCGAGGUCAACCACGUCUCGUCCACGACCUCGCUAGGUGAGGAUUAUGAAGAUGAGAACCUAGUAAACUCUGAUGAGGUUAUGAAGAAACCAUGUCCAGUACAGAUUGUUCUUGCUCAUGAAGAUGACCAUAACUUUGAGCUUGAUGAAGAAGCUUUGGAGCAGAUAUUGCUACAGGAGCACAUUCGUGAUCUUAACAUAGUGGUAGUAUCCGUGGCAGGAGCUUUUCGUAAAGGGAAAUCAUUUCUACUGGACUUCAUGCUUAGAUAUAUGUAUAACAAGGAUUCUCAAAGUUGGAUUGGUGGAAACAAUGAACCAUUGACUGGCUUUACAUGGCGAGGUGGUUGCGAAAGAGAAACAACAGGCAUACAAGUCUGGAAUGAAGUGUUUGUGAUUGACAGACCUGAUGGAACAAAAGUGGCUGUGCUGCUAAUGGAUACUCAGGGUGCCUUCGAUAGCCAGUCAACAAUCAAAGACUGUGCAACAGUGUUUGCUCUGAGCACUAUGACUAGCUCAGUCCAGGUGUAUAAUUUGUCUCAGAAUAUUCAAGAAGAUGAUCUUCAGCACUUGCAAUUAUUUACAGAGUAUGGCAGGCUUGCAAUGGAAGAAAUCUACCAGAAACCAUUUCAGACAUUAAUGUUUUUGAUUCGAGAUUGGAGUUACCCUUAUGAACACUCAUAUGGUUUGGAAGGUGGAAAACAAUUCCUUGAAAAGAGAUUGCAGGUAAAGCAAAAUCAGCAUGAAGAGCUACAGAAUGUAAGGAAGCACAUUCACAAUUGUUUCUCAAAUCUUGGUUGCUUCCUUUUACCACAUCCUGGUCUUAAAGUUGCAACUAAUCCUAGUUUUGAUGGGAGAUUGAAAGAUAUUGAUGAAGACUUUAAACGAGAGCUUCGAAAUCUGGUUCCAUUGCUGCUUGCCCCUGAAAAUUUGGUAGAAAAAGAGAUAAGUGGAUCUAAAGUCACUUGUAGAGAUCUUGUAGAAUAUUUUAAGGCUUACAUAAAAAUUUAUCAAGGAGAGGAACUUCCACAUCCAAAGUCCAUGCUUCAGGCAACAGCUGAAGCUAAUAAUCUUGCUGCAGUAGCAGGAGCAAGAGAGAUUUAUUGCAGAAAUAUGGAACAGGUAUGUGGUGGAGACAAGCCUUACAUUGCACCUUCAGAUCUGGAACGAAAACACUUGGAUCUCAAAGAAGUGGCAAUUAAACAGUUUUGUUCAAUUAAAAAAAUGGGUGGAGAUGAAUUCUGCCGUCGCUAUCAGGACCAGCUUGAAGCUGAAAUUGAAGAAACCUAUGCAAAUUUCAUAAAGCACAACGAUGGCAAAAAUAUCUUCUAUGCUGCUCGUACCCCUGCCACACUGUUUGCAGUCAUGUUUGCUAUGUAUAUAAUCUCAGGACUGACUGGCUUCAUCGGUCUAAACUCUAUAGCCGUCUUGUGUAACCUGGGCAUGGGUUUGGCCCUGACAUCUCUUUGUACUUGGGCAUAUGUUAAAUACUCUGGGGAGUUCAGAGAAAUUGGAACAGUGAUUGACCAGCUUGCUGAAACACUGUGGGAACAGGUAUUGAAGCCCCUGGGUGAUAAUUUGAUGGAGGAAAACAUAAGGCAGUCUGUAACAAACUCUAUCAAAGCAGGCCUGACUGACCAGGUGUCGCAUCAUGCCCGGUUAAAGACUGACUGA